GGGGCCCGGCCGGGCGGUUCCCUUGUGCCCCGGGUGACUGUCGGAAGUGGCGGCGAGGCUCGGUUCGCCCCGCCACUCGGGAGUGCCGAACGCCUGGAAGAGUCGGCGGGAAUGCGGCCAGGCCGGGGCCCGCGUCCUAAAGCGCAGCGCGGGUCCGACACUUCUGAGACUCUGCGCGGUUUAAUGGGCCAGACUCGUGCUGAUUCAGAAGCCCAGGGCAGCAGCAGUGACCAGCAUCCACGACUCUGCUGUCAGAGUGACGCAGCAGGAGUGUGUUCCUCAAGAGGCUCCACGUGCCUGGAAGAGAAAUACUUUUCCUGAUUCCUGCACCCAAAAUUGAAAUCUACCGCUGAAAUCAACAAAAAAGAAAUGAUAAAAUUUUUUCUUAUGGUUAACAAACAAGGUCAAACAAGACUGUCCAGGUAUUAUGAGCAUGUGGAAAUUAAUAAACGGACAAUGCUGGAAGCUGAAGUAAUCAAAAAUUGUCUUUCCCGUUCGAAGGAUGAGUGCUCUUUUGUUGAGUAUAAGGACUUCAAGCUGGUGUACCGACAGUAUGCAGCCCUCUUCAUAGUUGUUGGCAUCGACCAGACAGAGAAUGAGAUGGCAGUAUAUGAAUUAAUUCAUAAUUUUGUGGAAGUUUUGGACAAAUACUUCAGCAGAGUGAGUGAAUUAGAUAUCAUGUUUAAUUUGGACAGAGUGCACAUCAUUUUGGAUGAAAUGGUGCUAAAUGGCUGCAUCGUGGAAACAAACCGGAACAGAAUUCUUGCCCCUCUGUUUGUGCUUGACAAAGUGGCAGAAGGCUAGGAAGAUGCAA